CCAACAACACACCUUCUUGGGCGGGGAGAAGGUGAGUCUGGGACAUCAUGCUUUCCACACCGGUGGUGCUGCUGCUGGUCCUGGUCCUGGUCCUGGUCUCGCCGGCGUCUGCAUCGCACUACUUUGCAGGACACAGCUACUUCAGCUCUGGAGGGAAAAACCCAGACGGGACGUUUGAAGUGACCAUUCACCACAGAUCCACCUUCGAUGGGUGUGGCCACAUCCAGUCCAAGUACUGUUACAGCGGUUCCUGUGGGUGGGAUGUCUCCAGCAACAGAAGCGUACUGGACUCCAGCACCAACUCCCCCGUGUAUAACAGGGAAUGGUGCGAGGCCCAGACUGUGACCACAAAAAGGCUCUCUUCCAACAAACCUUUCUCUCUGCGGUCAGCUAGCUGUUGCUGGAUUCCUACCCGGAACAACCUUGCCAAUUGGAGACUACUGACCACCAUCGAUUUGGGAAUAAGAUCUGAUACCGGAGUGCCAAACACGUCGCCAGUUAUCGGCACGCUACCUUUCCUUCGAGUUCCUCAAAACUGCCCACGGACCUAUCAGCUGAUGGCCUUUGACCCUGACGGUGACCGAGUCCGAUGCCGAUACGGACUGCAACACAAUACAGAAUGCAGCGCCUGCGCCCAGCCUCACGGCUUUCAAUUGGAUGAGGACACGUGUACUUUGUGUUACAACAACACAAAUUAUGAUUCCAGAAUUUUGGGAUUUGAGUUAGUGGUGGAGGACUUUCCUCAGCAGCCCGUCACGCUUCUCUACAGUGACGGAUCGCAUUCCUACAGGGGGCCGCUCACUUUUAGGAGAAAGAGAGGGGUUUAUGUCAAUCCUUAUGUAGGGUUGGGGUAUUCGACAACUGUAGGUACACCGUAUCAUCACUGGAAUCCUACACCACGACAACCGUGGUCGCGCUGGACGGCUAGAACACGACAACCAUGGUCGCAUUGGACGACUACAACCCCAUACCAAUGGUCGCACUGGACGACUAGAACAAGACAACCAUGGUCCCACUGGACGACUAGAACAAGACAACCAUGGUCGCAUUGGACGACUACAACAAGACAACCAUGGUCCCACUGGACGACUAGAACAAGACAACCAUGGUCGCAUUGGACGACUACAACACGACAACCAUGGUCCCACUGGACGACUACAACAAGACAACCAUGGUCGCAUUGGACGACAACAACAAGACAACCAUUGUCCCACUGGACGACGAGAACACGACAACCAUGGUCCCACUGGACGACUACAACCCCACACCAAUGGUCCCACUGGACGACUACAACAAGACAACCAUGGUCGCACUGGACGACUACAACAAGACAACCAUGGUCGCACUGGACGACUACAACAAGACAACCAUGGUCCCACUGGACGACUACAACCCCACACCAAUGGUCCCACUGGACGACUACAACAAGACAACCAUGGUCCCACUGGACGACUACAACAAGACAACCAUGGUCCCACUGGACGACUACAACAAGACAACCAUGGUCCCACUGGACGACUACAACAAGACAACCAUGGUCCCACUGGACGACUACAACAAGACAACCAUGGUCCCACUGGACGACUACAACCCCACACCAAUGGUCCCACUGGACGACUACAACACAAAACCCAUGGUCGCAAAACCGGAAUCCACCUCUUGGCAAACUGCCUUUGCAGUUUUCUUUCCUGGUGGACCCCCCCGCACCUUCAUGUCAAGAAGGCCUCUACCUACCGACAUUGGUCUAUCCGACACCACGAAAUGGAGAACGCAUCCACGCAGAGCUCAACAAAGAAGUGGAGAUCAGAGUCAGAGCACUAGCUAGCUAUACAACAAUCGAUAACAUUAUUAUGAGUGGGCCAAAGGAUAUGAGGAAGUACAAAAACACACAUGACGAGUUUAUCCUAAGAUGGACACCCAGGCCCGGUGACGUGGGUGGAUACCACCCACUGUGCUUUGCUGUGGAAUCGGUCACAUGGUCCGCUCAAACCACAACUCGCUCACAUUAUUAUUAUUAUUACCAUUACUAUAACACCCCCUCACCAACGAGGGUCUAUCAGUCUGAAAUGAGGUGUGUUCUGCUUGACGUUCGGAAAGAGACAAUCAAAACGACGGUGGAAUGCGGGGAGUCCAAUAUGACGGUGGCAGUGAGGAAAAGCUCCCUCCGUGGGAUACAUUUGGAUCGGCUGCACCUCAGCGAUUCGUCCAACGUUGAGUGCAGCCUCCAACGGCAUUCCAACAGCACACACAUCGUUGCCGUCAUCCCCCUCAACGCUUGCGGCACUCAGCUGGAGGAGGACGAUGUCAAUCUGAUUUUUAAAAACGAGAUCAACAGUGUGGACAACUCGCACGACACCAUCACCAGGAAAAACAGGCUGGAACUGGACUUCUGCUGCCAGUAUCCCAAGCGGGGGAACGUGACGCAGAGUUUCACGGCACACAGAAAGAAUAUCACCGUUUGGGAAAAGGGCUUUGGCACGUUCACCUACCAGUUUGAGUUCUACCCCAACGUUUGGUUCAAAACCAUGAUCAGUCCGAUGCUCUACCCUCUGGAAUACGACCUAAAAAGCAGGAUUUACAUGAAAAUAGAGGCCUCUUCCGCGAUCAACAACACGGAACUCUUUGUGGAAUCAUGCACAGCGGCUCCGUAUGACAACCCGAACUAUCGCCCCACCUACACCAUCAUUGAAAACGGAUGUCCGCUGGAUCCAACACUUCAGAUCCAUACUCCUGCUCACAAGCGGGAAUUCCGAUUCAGCCUCGAGGCCUUCAAGUUCAUUGGACUUUACGAUCAGGUGUACAUCAGCUGUUCCGUCCUGGUGUGUGAGGCGGGCGUGCAGUCCACCAGGUGCUCCAUGGGAUGCAUCAACUCCACGCGGCCAGGCCGAGAACCACAACACCAUCACAGAAAGCGAGACGUUGGCAAGCAGAGCGCCAACCACUUUGUUUCUCAAGGGCCGCUGCGUCUGAAGAGAUCAGCAGAGAGUGAUGGAAGCACAGCGCUGAAUUUGAACCUGAACCUGGUAUUCAUCGGUGGAUGUGUUCUGGCAGUCAUUGGCAUGAUCAGCACCGUGAUCGUAUUCAAGGCCAAAAUGUCACAAGUUAAAUAUCAACGUCUGCCAACGUCUGACACCUAAACACAAAGCUUUAGAAGAAAAAGAAGUCCAGAAUCGUUACGUUUGCUUGUUUUGAUGAUCUGAAAUCAGAUGUAUUGGGGUAUGCAAAUGAAGGGGUUGGAUGCAUGAAAUGUACAACGUUUGAUUAACCUUGAAACAAUACAAUAAAACAGAAUAUAAUUCAAUUCUGUAAUUUACUGUAAGCGCAAUGGAAAUCCUAAAAAUGAUACAGAUGCUAAUACACAGUUUGGUGCACACUGAAAAUACAAAUCAAAACAUUUUGGUAGUGAAAGUGAAAGUAAAAUGAAGCAUUGGUGCAGUUGCUGAGCGUUACGUUGUAUAUUAAAAAUGAUACAUAUCAUACCAUCAGUGGUGAAAUGAUGGGUGACUUCUUGAUUUGGAUGUCAAGAUGUUGAGUCGUCGAUCAAACUUUGUCGAUAAUCAAUAAAAAUACACUCUUGUACACUAUUGUAUCCUGCAUGUUCCUUUUGUUUAAGUACAUAUACAAUAAACAGACCUGCGGACAUCACUAACAA